AUGGCGAACCCGUUCCAGCGCUUGCUGACCGAGCUGCCGAACCCUGAUGGCGGCUCCUUUGGCUCGUAUUACAGCCUCCCCGCGCUCAACGACCCUCGCAUCGAUGAGCUGCCAAUCUCCAUUCGUUACCUUUUGGAGUCCGCCAUUCGUAACUGCGACAACUUCCAGGUCAUGGAGAAGGACAUUGAAAAGAUUCUGGACUGGGCCAACACCUCCCAGCACCAAGUCGAGAUCCCGUUCAAGCCUGCGCGUGUCAUCCUGCAGGAUUUCACUGGCGUUCCCGCUGUUGUGGACCUUGCUGCGAUGAGGGAAGCCAUGAAGGAGUCCGGCGGCGAUCCGAAUGCCAUCAACCCUCAGGUGCCGGUGGAUCUGGUGAUCGACCACUCGGUGCAGGUGGACUACGCGGGGGCGUCCAACGCGCUGAGCCUCAACAUGGAGCGCGAGUUUGAGCGCAACAGGGAGAGGUUUGCGUUCCUCAAGUGGGGCUCCAAGGCCUUCAGCAACAUGCUCGUCGUCCCGCCUGGCGCUGGCAUUGUGCACCAGGUGAAUCUGGAGUAUCUCGCCCGAGUGGUGAUGGACAUAAACGGCCUCCUCUACCCCGACAGCGUCGUCGGCACCGACUCACACACCACCAUGAUCGACGGGCUCGGCGUCGCAGGCUGGGGCGUGGGGGGCAUUGAGGCCGAAGCAGCCAUGCUCGGACAGGCCAUGAGCAUGGUCCUCCCGCAAGUCGUGGGCUUUAAGCUCACUGGGAAACUCCAGCCGGGAGUUACCGCCACGGACCUCGUCCUCACGUGUACGCAGAUGCUGAGGAAGCAUGGCGUGGUGGGGAAAUUCGUGGAGUUUUACGGGGAGGGGACGAGGGAGCUGUCUCUGGCGGACCGGGCGACGGUGGCGAAUAUGUCUCCUGAGUAUGGGGCGACCAUGGGGUUCUUUCCUGUGGAUUCAGUGACGCUGCAGUAUCUGAGGGUGACCGGGAGGGACGACACGAAGCUGAAGCAGAUCGAGACGUAUAUGCGCGCGAACAAUCUGUUCAUGGACCAUGCCACUGCUGGAGAAGCGGAGGCCAAGCGCAAGUAUUCGUCCUACCUCGAGCUCGACCUUGCCACCGUCGAGCCAUGCGUCUCUGGGCCCAAGAGGCCGCAUGACCGUGUGACCCUCAAGACCAUGAAGUCUGACUGGCAUGCUUGCCUCGACAACCCCGUCGGCUUCAAGGGUUUUGCUAUCCCCAAGGCGCAGCAGGACAAGGCAGUGAAGGUGACUCUCAAGGAAGGGGUGGAAUCCGAGCUGAAGCAUGGGUCCGUGGUCAUCGCUGCCAUCACCUCCUGCACCAACACGUCCAACCCCUCCGUGAUGCUGGCGGCAGCGAUCGUGGCGAAGAAGGCGAGUGAGAGGGGGCUCCAGGUGAAGCCGUACGUGAAGACGAGCCUGGCCCCUGGCUCCAACGUCGUCACCAAAUACCUGGAGGCCAGUGGUCUCCUCCCAGCUCUCGAGGGCCAGGGCUUCCAUGUGGUGGGCUAUGGCUGCACCACAUGCAUUGGGAACUCGGGAGAAAUUCACGAGUCCGUUGGGCAGGCCAUUUCCGACAACGACCUGGUGGCGGCAGCAGUGCUUUCUGGUAACCGCAACUUUGAGGGUCGUGUGCAUCCUCUUACGAGGGCCAACUACCUUGCAUCCCCACCCCUCGUUGUGGCAUACGCACUCGCUGGCACGGUGGACAUUGACUUUGAGACGGAGCCCAUCGGCACGGACAAGGAGGGCAAGGAGGUGUUCCUGAGAGACAUCUGGCCCAGCAACGAGGAGGUGGCAGAGGUGGUGGAGAGGGCGGUCCUCCCUCAAUUCUUCCAGUCAGUCUACAAGGCAGUAAAAGAGGGCGCCACCAACGCCCUCUGGAACAGCCUGCCUUCGGAGAACGAGCCUCUGUACUGCUGGGAACCGUCCUCCACCUACAUCCACGACCCGCCUUACUUCAAGAACUUCCCCCGUGACCCCCCCGGUGGCAAGGACGUGAAGGACGCCUUCUGCCUGCUGAACGUGGGCGACUCUAUUACAACUGAUCACAUCUCUCCUGCAGGGAGCAUCCACAAGGACAGCGCUGCAGCCAAGUAUCUAAGAGAGAGAGGGGUGGCCCGGAAGGACUUCAACUCUUACGGCAGCAGGCGGGGCAACGACGAGGUCAUGACCCGCAGCACGUUUGCCAACGUCCGGCUGGUGAACAAGCUUGCUGGAGAGGAGGUGGCAUUGAGGGACGGCCCUUACUCUACCUCGUUCCCCACUUCCUCUCCUUCCACUUGUUCUCUACCCCCCGCUGCCUCCUCUCCCACACACACCAGGGAGCAUCCACAAGGACAUCCUGCAGCCAGGUAUCUCACAGAGAGAGGCGUUCCCAGGAAGGACUUCAACUCGUAUGGCAGCAGGCGGGGCAACGACGAGGUCAUGACUCGCGGCACAUUUGCGAAUAUCCGGCUGGUGAACAAGCUUGCUGGAGGGGAGGUGGGCCCCAAGACGGUGCACCUGCCUUCUGGAGAGAAGAUGAGCGUCUUCGAUGCUGCCAUGAAGUACAAGGCCGAGGGGCAUCCCACCAUCGUGCUGGCAGGGGCAGAGUAUGGGAGUGGCUCUUCUCGUGACUGGGCUGCCAAGGGGCCGUACCUGCAGGGAGUGCGGGCGGUGAUUUCCGUCUCCUUUGAGCGCAUUCACCGCAGCAACCUGGUGGGAAUGGGCAUCAUCCCGCUCUGCUUCAAGCCCGGCCAAAACGCCGAGACGCUGGGGCUGACUGGCAAGGAGCGAUUCUCCUUCUCCCUGCCGCCAGUGGAUCAGAUCCAGCCCGGGCAGGACGUGGUGGUUUCCACCGACAACGGAAAGUCGUUUACCUGCACGCUGCGCUUUGAUACUGAGCUCGAAAAGGCCUACUACAAUCACGGGGGCAUUCUGCACUUCGUGCUGCGUCAACUGCUGGCCAAGUCCACUGCUGCUUGA